GUGAACUACAUAGUAAUUAGGGCUCCCUAUGCUAUUACUCUAUUAUGAUAUGUAUGAUAGUCACACCUCUCAUGGGGUGGUGACUGAAGAAUUCUUACGAGAUAUGACCACACCCAGAGUGGUGUCGGGGUAUGACUACACCCAUAGUGGUGUGGGGUAUGUAUGACCACAUCCGACGGGAUGUUGGGGUAUGUAUGACUACAUCCGACGGGAUGUGGGGUAUGUUUCCCGGGAGAGUUAUUAGCAUGGGAGUAGCCAGGCGCCUAUGAUUAAAACAUGAUAAGAUGCAUAUGCAUAAGUCAAGGUGGUUGAGUCUUUUGCCUAUUGGGAUGUCGGAGAGCUGAGAUAUGAUCCCAGUGCUUUGGCUUGUUUGCUAGAUGUAUGGUAGGGGUAUGCUCUGUUAUGAACUCACGAUGCUAUGAUUAUCUCACUCAGCUUAUGCUAUGUGUAAGCAGAUCAUCAACAGCAGCAGUAGAUAAGUGUUAGGUGGGAGAGGAGCUAGAGUUGAAGCCAAGAUGAGGUAUGGUCUUCAACUAUUCUGUGCUUGGACGACUACUUGGGAUUUUGGCCAGUGAUCCACACCUUUUUGGUAAAAAUGUUUUGAGAACGUUUUUCAUGUGCAUACUAGCUUCUGAUCUAGUGUGAGAUAUCCAUAGGUGUGGAAAGUUGAUGAUAUGUGUAUAUGUUGUGUAACUGUGUAAGUUGUGACGAUUAUGGUAUGUAUAAGUAUGGUAUGCAGUUGUGGAGUAUGAAAAGUGUGACUAUGGCUAUGAAAAGCCAAUGCAUAUGGUUGUGAGUAUAUGUGUUUGUUUAUGAAUGCAUGGAUUCAGAUGAAUUAUUUUGCAGGAUCAUAUGGAAGAACUGUUAGCCCAUUACGCGAGUAAUUCAUGUCGAAAUUUUAUUUAGGUAAAUUUUGAUAAUUAAUGUAACACCCGAGAUUAAUUCCGCUGCAAUUGUAUGAACAGUAUGAUUAGGCAAAACGUAUAGGGUAGGGUGUUACAGUUUGGUAUCAGAGCCCGGUUCCCUCUUUUUGCUGUUAUGGCGUACUAUACCCUAUGGGAGUUUAAACAUUCCUAAGGAGGGGAGUACCCCAUAAUGACUGAAACUGGGAAUUGAGUUUGACAUUAUUAUGUGUAUUGGUAUAUUGGAUGAAAUUACCUGCAUCAUGGUUUUCAAAAUUGAGUUUUGAACUUAUUUGUUUUCAAGUAAUUAUUUUGUGAAAUUUUUUGGAGAAGAGCCGAGCAAAGAGGAUCCACCAUUUAAGGGGCCUUUGAAUUAGCUUUCGGGGAGGCGAGCAAUUGAUAAAAUAAUUCAUGGCGGCAGGAUGUAAAUUAAAGGUGUCGAUAGGCGAUGGGGGAGGGAUCGAAGUUGCGAAGGCGACUGCGGCAGGUAGGGCAGAGAGUGGAGAAGAGGGCAUUGUCGGAUUCCUCACCGCGGUGGUGUCUCCCCGCCCAGUCGAGUGUAGAGUCCCUGCGGCUGCCUAAUCCACCACCGUAUCCUCGCCAGCCAGCCUGGCCGUCGCCUUGUUGUCGCGCCACCGAGCCCUUUGCUAUGCAGAGUUAGGGUUAGUAGACGGAGGAAAGAGAACGGCAGGGAAGAGCAAGAGGCGUCUCGCGAUGGCGCUGAAUGAAGGGGUCUCACUACGAAACUGAAAAGCCACCCAAUUUUUUUAAUUGAAUGACAUCAAACGACGGCGCUUCACUCAAUAUCCGGAAUUAUGCUUUCCGGUUGGACCACCCAAAAUUUCCGGUUUUGACCGGAAUUGACUGGGAAUAGAUAGAGUGAUAACUAAUAAUAGGGUUAUCACCAUGCGAACCAUAUUUUUAGUCAUUAGAUGAAAAUAGUAAUCUUACGGCUAUAAUUAAAUGGAGGUCAUUUUAGACCAUUCAAAUAAACACAAUCCUAAUUCUAUUUAACCUCCAUUCUUCCACUACAACAGUGUCUCUCUCCCUCUCGCGCCCUCCAUCCGCCUCUCUCCACCAUCCCUUUCAAAUGUCGCUCUAUUAUCUCAGUCCCUCUCAUCCUUUCUGCUCCGACUCUACCUCCCAGAUCCAACAUCGAAUCGACCAAAGAAAGCAAUGCAGAGGAAAAGUUGCUAACCAGUGUUAUCCAAAGAAGCAUCGGCUGGCGGAACUCAAAGCGAUGGAGGGAGAGGUUAAAGGUCGUCACAGCGGUGGAGGUUUUUUUAUUAGGGAGAAGGAGCGGCAAAGUCGACCCUUCAAUCCAUCGUAACGAUCAUGGAUGCAGGGAUGGUGGCGAUAAUUAGUUGUGGAUCUUGACAGAUCACGAUCAUGAUGGAUAGGGAAGUGGUGUGUGGGUUUAUAAUAAGUCGUAGCGAUUUAAUAGUAGCAAUAGUGAUUCUUUGCAUUAGUACUUUUGUGAAUCUGAACAUUGGAUAUUAGAAUGUACGUAGUAGUUAAUUUUUAGUUGUGAUUUUAUAGUAGUGAUUUCAUAGUAGUCAUUACAAUGUUGUAGUGAUUUCAUAGUCUUUGUAAUGAUGUUUUAUAUAGAUUCUAAGCUUUUAGUAGUUAUCCUUUCGUAGUGAUUAUUGAUUUAAUAUAAAAUAUGUAUCACUAUUCACUAUUAACAUAAAUGAAAUCACUACUCCAACUUUACAAGACAUCAAAUAACUAUCAAAAACCAUAAAUUACUACUACAAAACAUCCAAAUCACUACAUAUAUCUGGACACAACCACUAUUAGAAAAUAUUUAUGACCUAAAUUACUAUGAGAAAAAAAAAUUAAUUUGAUCAAAGGAGAUAGAAAGUGAGGGAGGAAAAAGAGAGGGAUGCGAGGAAGAGUGGGAAGAGGGAGAAAGGGAGACGUGAAUGACGGGUAGAGAGAUAAAUAUUUGGAAAUUUUAUAUUCUAAUUGAUUUAAUUUGAAAAUUUCUAAAUUGUCCCUAAUUAAAAUUUACAGUUGGAAGUGGAAUUAAAAGAUGAAGAGUGAUUAAUGGGGUUAGUAUGGUGCUAAUUAUUAGGAAGUUAGCAUGCCAUCCCGUUCCGAAUUGACCGAGGCAUCCUAUUGGUGGCAUUUCAGCCGAUUUCAUGACCGGUAUCGGUUGAACAUGGUUCAAUCGGCCGGAAGUGGCAUGACAACCAUGUUGACAAGGCUUCCAACUACUAUUUACCCAAAAAGUCUACUCUGAUCGUCUACUUUGUUGUAGCCCCAAAAGUCGCCAUCACAAGAAGCAAGCAAAACCACUAAUUAGCAUGUUUCAUACCUCACAUUAGCUUACUGGGACCCCAAUUUAUCCUCCCAAGUCCCAACCACAUUUCAAACUUGUUCCAUCUCUACUAAAUUGAUUAUAACAUGACCACUACUAAAAUAAUACAAUUACAUAUUCCCACUACCAGCGAAAUAAUCUAUCUAUCUAUCUACUAUACUUAUAAUAAGCGGAAGGGAAAACAGAGCUCCAUUUCAAAUUUCCUGCAACGAGAGUGAAAGUAGGAAGGACAUUUUGGUCUUCACAAUUACUUUUUUUUAUUCAUUAAAAAGACACGUACUGAGAUUCGAACCAUGACCAUUUUAAAGAAAAGUAAGGAUAAUAA